AGAUGGCUCAGAAGAGCAGUGGCCUAAUGCAGACCUAUGGAUUCCUUUGUUUAAUGAUUUCACUGCUGCCCUGUGGGGAGACAAGUGUAACCCUGACUGUAAAUGAUUACCCUGGCAACCACACCCUGGAUACCCAGUCUGGGUCCAUCCAGUCCCUGAAGUGUGCAGUUCACAAUCACAGCAGAGAAGAAGAAUUACUCUGGUAUCGGGAAGAUGGCCAGGUGGACCUGAAACCUGGAAACAAGAUCAACACCAGUUACAUCUGUGUCUCUCCCCUCAGUGAGAAUGACCAUGGGGUCACCUUCACCUGCAAACUGCAGAGGGAUCAUUCGGUCCAGAUCUCUGUGAUUCUGAACGUCACCUUUCCUCCUGCCCUGAGUGAGGAAGACACCCAAACAGCAGAAGAAGGGAAUAACGUGCUGUUAACAUGUAAUGCGAAGUCCAAUCCCCAGGCUCAAAUGGCAUGGUACAGAAACAACAGCACCCUCGUCCUGGAGAAAGGUCGGCACCAAAUUCAACAGACCAGUGACGUCUUCCAGCUCUCCAUCGCCACAGUCAAGAAAUCUGACAAUGGGACUUACACCUGCAUAGCAAAUUCAACUUCGAUAUUGCAGAGGAUGGAUUUCCAUCUCAUCGUUCAAGAUAAGAAAUUCGUUGUUCCCAUGGAACCUAUUAUUGCUGCGAUGGUGGUGGUUUUACUGACCAUAAGCUUUGGAAUAUUUGCUCGAAGAGAGAGGAUCCGAAAGUUCUGCACCACGGAAGAUACCCAAAGUGACAUAGCUCUAUGAGGAAACUGAAAUGCCAUCCAAUACAGAAAUAGCCAUUCUGCAAUGGGAGGUGCUCUGGAUUUUGUCAUUCC